AUGAAAUUAAUAAAUUUAGUUCACAUUACUUUCGUUAUUGUUACUAUGUUUCUAAUAAUUUAUGGUAGAGAUUUAAAAAAACCAUCAGUGUUAAUAGCCAUAUUAGUACGUAACAAAGCGCAUACAUUACCAUAUUUUUUAACCUUUUUGGAACAACUGAAUUAUCCAAAAUCACGAAUACAUCUAUGGAUACGCAGUGAUAACAAUAUCGAUAAAUCAAUAGAAGUAUUAUCUACAUGGCUUAGUCGUACAGCCAAUGAAUACCAUGGAGUUGAAACAAAUUUUAAUGAAAAAUCAAUUGGAUUCGAAGAUGAAAAUGGAAUUGCUCAUUGGUCAACACAAAGAUUUUUACACGUGAUAAAGUUACGGGAAGACGCGCUGAACGCGGGUAGAAAUAUCUGGGCAGAUUUUGUUUGGAUGCUGGAUGCAGAUGUUUUUUUAACAAAUGCGAAUACUUUGAAUGAAUUGAUCUUAAAGAAUCAGACUGCGGUUGCCCCAUUAUUAAAAUCCGAUGGUUUGUACAGCAAUUUUUGGGCCGGAAUGACAAGUGAUUAUUACUAUCUGAGAACAGAUAAAUACGAACCGAUAUUGUUUCGGGAAGAAACAGGAUGUUUUGAUGUACCUAUGAUUCAUAGCGCUGUUCUUAUAGAUUUAAGAACACAUCUUUCGGAUCGAUUAACGUAUGAUCCAAAAAAUUUAAAUCACUACGAUGGCCCUACGGAUGAUAUUAUAACUUUUGCGGUCGGAGCUAACAAGUCUGGUGUACCAUUAUUUAUUUGCAAUGACAAUAUUUACGGGAAUAUUAUAGUUCCAUUAGAAGAAACAGAAACAAUUGCGGAAGAUAUACAGCGACUAAUAAACAUUAAAACAGAAAUAUUAUCAAACAGUAAUUAUCUUCCAUUAUCGACAUAUCUAGAACAUUUUGUUCAAUAUCCCGCGGAAGAUACUUUACAGGUAGACCAUAUUUAUAUGAUAAAUCUUUUAAGGAGGCAAGAGAGACGCGACAGAAUGCAUAAACUCUUUAAAGAACUCGGCAUUCGAGCGGAAACUAUUGAUGCCAUUGACGGUAGGACAUUAAACGAAACUGUUCUUCAUAAAUUGGGAAUAGUAAUGAUGCCAGAAUACACUGAUCCUUAUCAUGAGCGACCAAUGACUAUGGGCGAAGUUGGUUGUUUCUUAAGUCACUAUGCUAUCUGGAACAAGGUAAUACAGAAUGGUUACAAAAAUGCUAUAAUAUUAGAAGACGACGUUCGUUUUGAACCAUUUUUUCGACAAAAAGUAAAUUACAUAUUAGCAGAAUUGAAUAGCCUUCAACUUGAAUGGGAUUUAGUUUAUUUGGGAAGAAAAAGAUUGAUUGAAAAUAAUGAACCUUGGGUCGAUGGAUCGAAAUAUUUGGUGCAUGCUGCCUACAGUUAUUGGACAUUAGGAUAUAUCUUAUCGGCAAGAGGAGCAAAAAGACUCGUGGAAGCAAUGCCAUUGAAAAAAUUAAUACCCGUCGAUGAGUAUCUUCCUAUAUUAUCGGAUGUUCAUCCUAGAAAAGAUUGGAAGGUACAUUAUCCAAAGCGUGAUUUAAUCAUUCUUUCUGCAAAUCCUUUAUUAAUUUACCCCACACAUUAUACUGGGGAACAGGGAUAUGUUAGUGAUACAGAAGACUCUACUAUUGUAUUUAACCAGCAGAACGUAAACAAAUCGAAAGAGCGGGAAGAUUUGUGA